UGGAACAUAAAAGCAGGUUGAGAUGAAAGUAUGGAUUUAGGGAAAAGAAGUGCAGGGUUAUCUAGACUGCAAAGAUCUGAGUGACCACUAGUUAACAGCAAGAAUUUGGCAAGUUAUAGUUCUUUGCUGCUUUCUGGUGCUUUUAUGUUUUUGCAACCCCCCAAAAUGACUUCAAAGUUACUGCAAAAGAGGUGUUAGGCAAGUCUCCUUGAGGAGAGCAGUCCGAAGUCAACAUUUCUUAGCAUAUCUUAAAUGGUAAAAAAAGUAAAUUUUCAAAUAAUAUUGACUCAGGCUGUCUCUACAGGCUAAAUUCAGCAAUAGGAAACAAUCCAGAAGCUACAAAGGGAGAUGAAAACAUCAAUAGGUUGCUAUUAGUUUGGUUUAGAUCUAAAGUGGGCAAGAGUGCUUUGAAUCCACAUCUUCGUAAAAUGUUUUUAUGGUGCUCACUCCCAGCCACUUUCUGGAAAACUGAAGUGAUUGCAACACAUUUAUUGAUUAUGUGCCAUUAAGUAGUUUUUGACUCCUAGCAACCAUAUAGAUAGAUUUUCUCCAUAAUGAUCUAUCCCUAACCUGUUCUUUCAGGUCGCAUGAAUGAUGGUGCACUCAUCACUAUCUGAGUCCAUCCACCUCUGGUUAUCCUUUUCUUUCCUUCUACCUUUCCCAGCAUCAGAUCCUUUUCCAGGCUUCACAUAAUGUGUCUGAAGUAGAGUAAUUUGAACAUGGUUAAUUGUGCCUCCAGUGAGAACUUGGAUUGAUUUGUUCAAUGAGCCAUUGAUUUGUUUUCUUGGCUGUCCAUAAUAUUCUCAGGAGUCUUUUUCCAAUACCAAAGUUCAAAAAUGUCAAUACCUCUUCCUAUCCUGCUUUGUCAAAAUCCAGCUUGCAUUUCUAUGGAGUGUCAUAGGAAAUAUAUGGCUUGCAAGAUUCUAAUCUCUGUAGGUAUAGACAGAUCACAGGAUUUGAAAACGUUUUCUUCAUGUUUACCAAAUGCUUGUUUAUUUGUUCCUUUAUUGUUGAUCGUUGAUCCUAAAAGAAGCUUCCAUCACCUCAGUAUCUUUAGUCUCAAUUCUGAGGGUGGUUUUGCCCGUUGUUAUUAGCUUGCUCUCCUUUAUAUUUUAGUCCAGUUUUUCCCACAAUACUCAUUGACUUUUAGUACUAGAGCUUACAGAUACUUUGCAUUUUCAGUUAUCAGGGUAGUGUUAUCAGCAUAUUUCAGGUUACUGAUGUUUCUUUCUCCUAUUUUAAAAUCACGCUUAUCUUCUUCCUAUCCAGCUUCCCUUAAUGUAGAUUCUUCAAAUAGGUUGAAUAAACAAGGAGAGAAUAUGCAAUCUUGUCACACUCCUUUGCCAAUCUAGAGCCAGCAUAUUUCACCAUCUUCCAUCUAUACUGUAGCUUCCUGAUCUGUAUAGAACAUGAGGAUAAUGAGAAGUUCUGGGAUUUCCACUUUUCUGAGCACUUUCUAUAGCUUGAUGUAAUCAAUAUAAUCCAAGCUUUUUCCAUAAUUGAUGAGUUUUCUUUAUUAUUCUUUGGCUUUCUCAAUUAUCCAGAUUGCAUCAGUAAUGUUUCAUAUUCUUUGGCCGUUUCUAAAGCUAGCUUGACCAACUGGUACUUCUUUUUCCAGGUAGGGCUCUAAUCUGUGCUGAAUGAUCCCAAGCAUUCGUUUGCUAGCAUGUGAAGUUAAGAAUGUUGCAUGAGUUUACGUGCUCUGUUAAGUCUCUUUAUCUUGGUAUUGGAAUGUAGAUUGACUUCUUCCAAUUUGUUGGCCAUGGUGUUAUUCUCUAGUUUUGCUGGCAUGACUUGGUUAGAACUAUCACUGAUUCUUCUUCUGUUGCUUGCUAUAUUUCAGUGGGAUUCCAUAAGUUUCUCUAUUAUCACGUUUUGACUUGAUAAUGGCCAGAGCACUGAUCUAACAUCUAGUAGUAGAUGUUUUUGUAAAGAAGGAAUAUUUUAUAAGGUAUUUCAGAUGCUGAAAUAUUCUUCUAUAUAGUGUUUCAGUAUACCCCUUCCAACUUCCUUUGAUCUCCUUUGGUUUCUGGCUGUCCAUUGACUUCUUUAGCACUACCAAUUUGAGAUUAGGACUUUCCUCUGAGUUCAGAAAUCUUUUCAAAGACUUUUUUCCAUCUCUAGUGUCUUGUGUCUUCUAACAACUCUCUGAAAAUCUUUGUUAAGCUCUUUUCUGAGGCUUUUUGUUGAUCUUGGCUUUGGCUUCUCUACUUGGCAAUUUCCAGAGUUUGUUCUAACAUCCAGUUUGCUUUCUUCUCUUUCUACGUUUUGGCCGUCUCGUUUGACAUUCGUCCUUAAUAACUUAUUUGAACUUCAUUCCAUAAUUCCUAUGGUUCUCUAUCAGUGAAGAUCAAGAUUUCAAAGUGAUUUCUGAUGUUCUUGAAAAUGGUUUUCCUAAUGUAAAGCUUAGCAACAAAGAUGGAGGUGCUGCAGUGUGACGGCUGUGAUUUUCGAGCACCUUCCUAUGAAGAUCUUAAAGCUCACAUCCAAGAUGUUCAUACUGCAUUUUUGCAGCCCACUGAUGUUGCUGAAGAAACUCCUAGCCCAUCGAGAUUUGGUUCCAUGAACAGUGACCAGGCUGAGGUGGAGUAUUCUUUGGUAAAAGAUGAAUUUGCAGUGGCAGAUGGGAUGGCAGGGCAAAAUGCAGCUCAGCUGGGAACUGGCAAUUACUAUAGCCAUAGCCAGGGUUAUUAUGGCCAACAUAUGCUCUCCAAAUCAGCAAGCAAGUUUUUCCAGUGUAAAUACUGUGUACGUUAUUUCCGAUCCAAAAACCUCCUCAUAGAACAUACCCGGAAAGUCCAUGGUGCUCAGACUGGAAGCUCUCCAACUGGAUCCACUAGUGCUGGUUCCUUAAACUACAACAUCAUGAUGCACGAAGGCUUUGGGAAGGUAUUUUCGUGCCAGUUCUGCACCUACAAAUCUCCAAGACGUGCACGGAUUAUAAAACAUCAGAAGAUGUACCACAAAAACAGCCUGAAGGAGAGCUCAACCCCUCCUGCUUCUUCAGCUGCUAUAUCUGAAUCAACCUCUACGUCUGUCUCGAUGCAGGAUUCGUGCAAGGAGCUUCCAGCUGAAGUUGUUGAGCGUAGUAUUUUGGAGUCUAUGGUCAAGCCUUUAACCAAAUCAAGAGGCAACUUCUGCUGUGAAUGGUGUACCUACCAGACACCCCGAAGAGAACGUUGGUGUGAUCAUAUGAUGAAGAAGCACCGAAGCAUGGUGAAAAUACUGUCCAACCUGAGGCAGCAACAGGAUGGGACCAAUAUGUCAGAUGUUGUAAACAAGAGUCCCCCAAGCCCUCCCCCAAACUCUAACUAUAUACCCAUGAAUGCUUCUGGGCGAGAGAUGCCCAACGCAACUGUCCCAAACUACAGGAGUUCAGUAAACAAUUCUCUUAUCAGGUCCAACGCCUCUUCAAAAUUUUCCUCUGCUUCCUAUUCUCAGAUGAAACAUAAAGCUCCUCACAACUCGGGCAUUGUUAAUUUGUCUGACCGAUCUCGUUAUGGGGUUGGUGACAUGACAAAUUCUACUGAUCUGGAUACCAACAGCAUGUUGAAUGACUCCAGUUCGGACGAUGAGCUCAAUGAAUUAGACAGCGAGAAUGGGUUGAACUCUAUGGAUCACCAAAGCUCGGGACUAACUGCUGAGCAGCUGAUGGGAUCUGAGGGCCACAAGUUACUGGAAACCAAGGGGAUCCCCUUUAGGAGGUUUAUGAAUAGGUUCCAGUGCCCUUUCUGCCCUUUCCUUACCAUGCAUCGGCGAAGCAUUUCCCGCCACAUUGAAAACAUCCACCUCUCUGGAAAGACGGCCGUCUACAAAUGUGAUGAAUGUCCUUUCACCUGCAAGAGCUCUUUCAAGCUUGGUGCUCAUAAGCAGUGUCACACUGGUGCAGCAUCGGACUGGGAUGCCGUGAAUUCCCAAACUGAAAGUAUAGCUUCUUCUUUAAACGAAAGUACCGUAUCCUAUGAAGGGGGAAACAUAAACGGCAGGAAAUCCGGCGGGAUCAUGGAUUCCAUGCAGCAGCAGCAACAGUCUCCGCAGUCCAAUUCACAGCACCCGUAUAAAUGCACCAUGUGCAAUUAUUCCACCACGACUUUGAAAGGUCUUCGGGUUCAUCAGCAGCACAAGCACUCGUUUUGCGAUAACUUGCCAAAAUACGAGAGCCCAUCAGCAAAUACUCUGCAAGACAGCGAGCCCGAUGCUCAUGCUUCUCCCAGCACUGUGAAGAAAAGCCAGACCUCAAUUCUUGGACUGUCUUCUAAAAACAACUUUGUAGCAAAAGCCUCCAGGAAGAUGUCCAAUGACUUUCCCUUAGAUCUGUCCCCAGUCAAGAAAAGAACCAGAAUUGAUGAGAUUGCCAGUAAUUUGCAAAGCAAAAUCAAUCAGAACAAGCAGCAGGAAGAUGCGGUCAUUAAUGUGGAGGAUGAUGAAGAGGAAGAGGAUGACAAUGAAGUGGAAAUAGAAGUAGAACUGGACAAGGAAGAAGAACAAACAGAACCACUGAUGGAAAUAGCGGCAUUUGCUUCCCAGCAGAUAUGGGGAAGAGACACAGGUGAUCUUCAGAAAGAGCCCAACUACAGGAAUAUCCCCCAUGAUUACAGCUCCACCAAUGGGGCAGAAAUUGAGCUAACUAUAUCUGAGGAUGAGGAAGAAUAUUAUUGUUCUUCGGUGGGUUUGAAGGACCCAGGACUGAAUUCAUCUAUUCUAGGCAGCCAGGUAAGCCUAUAUGGAUCUGAUCAAAACAAUGAGAAUUCAGAUUUUGGUGAUUCUGGAAGGCUUUAUUAUUGUAAACACUGUGAUUUCAGCAACAAAUCUGCCAGGAGUGUUAGCACUCACUACCAACGGAUGCAUCCCUACAUUAAAUUCAGCUUUAGGUAUAUUCUUGAUCCCAACGACCACAGUGCAGUGUAUAGGUGUCUUGAAUGUUACAUUGAUUAUACAAACUUUGAAGAUCUGCAACAGCAUUAUGGGGAGCAUCACCCAGAAGCCAUGAAUGUAUUAAAUUUCGAUCAUUCAGAUUUGAUCUAUCGCUGUCGCUUCUGCUCUUACACCAGCCCCAAUGUUAGGAGCCUAAUGCCGCACUACCAAAGAAUGCAUCCGACUGUGAAAAUUAACAAUGCCAUGAUAUUCUCAAGUUACGUAGUGGAGCAACAAGAAGGGUUAAGCUCAGAAUCGCAAACGCUGAGAGAGAUACUGAACUCUGCUCCAAAAAACCUGUCCACUUCGACCCCAGUUGCACGUGGGACUCAUGGUAUACCUGCUGCUUUUAACAAAAGUUCUUCAAAGGGCAAUAGCCCCGAAUCUGAAAGCCAAAAAGAGUCAACAGUCAACAGUGUUGUCGUUUAUGAUUGUGAUGUCUGCUCCUUUGCAAGUCCCAACAUGCAUUCCGUCUUAGUGCAUUACCAGAAGAAACAUCCCGAUGAGAAGGCUUCGUAUUUUAGGAUUCAAAAAACAAUGCGUGUGGUGUCAGUAGAGAGGGGGUCUGCCCUGGCUCAGAUGGCUUAUGAACUGGGGUCACCUGGCUCUCCCAAAAUGUCACCGUUACCACCUCCACCACCUCCAGACCUUACCACGGAGCUUUACUACUGCAAACAUUGCUCUUACAGCAACCGGUCAGUGGUUGGGGUACUAGUGCACUACCAGAAAAGGCACCCAGAGAUAAAAGUGACUGCCAAAUACAUUAGGCAGGCACCCCCGACUGCAGCAAUGAUGAGAGCUGGUGGAGAGAUAUCUCCUGGUGUUCGUAGACCUGCCGUUUCUAUGCAGCACCUGAACAGGGACGGCUCUGAUGGUACUGUAGCUCCAGCAGAGAAUGAGAUGUUCUUCUGCCAGCACUGUGAUUAUGGAAACCGGACUGUAAAAGGGGUCCUUAUUCAUUACCAAAAGAAGCAUCGUGAUUUCAAAGCCAAUGCAGAUGUAAUUAGGCAACACACCGCCACCAUCAGGAGCCUCUGUGACCGGGGUCAGAAAAAUUCCCCUGGUGGCUUACAAAUUCCUACUUCUGGUUCCGAGCAAGAAAGGGCUAAGUUAAGAGCUCUCAAAUGCAGGCAGUGCUCUUAUACAUCUCCUUAUUUCUACGCAUUGCGGAAGCACAUUAAAAAGGACCAUCCAAGCUUGAAGGCUACUGUCACAUCUAUUUUGAGGUGGGCAUUUUUGGAUGGUUUAAUAGAAGCUGGAUAUCACUGUGAAUGGUGUAUCUAUUCUCACGCGGAGCCCAGUGGCCUGCUUGUGCAUUACCAAAGGCGACAUCCUGAACAUUACGUUGAUUACACAUAUAUGGCAACAAAACUCUGGGCAGGGCCAGAUCCUUCACCCCCAGCCUUACUAAUACCAUCAGAAAUGAAAAUAUAUAGGUGCAGAGACUGUAUUUUUGAAGCCUCUUCCAUUUGGGAUAUCACUAAUCACUACCAAGCUUUUCACCCUUGGGCUAUGAAUGGAGAUGAAUCGGUGUUACUAGAUAUUAUCAAGGAAAAAGAUGCUGUUGAUAAAAUGAACCCAGUAUCUGAUGGUAUUGGUGCCAGAAUAAUUUCAGAGGAUCAUUUAGGAUUGCCACAAGGGGACCCAGAUACGGAAUAUGCAGAAGAGUCAAACCUUAUCCAAGAUAAAGCUCUUCAGCUCACCUCUGUGAAUCCUGCAAUAUCCUCUACGCCGUACCAGUGUACAGUCUGCCAGUCUGAAUAUAACAAUUUGCAUGGACUUCUCACCCAUUAUGGAAAAAAACAUCCCGGGAUGAAAGUUAAAGCUGCAGAUUUUGCACAAGACAUUGAUAUUAAUCCAGGAGCGGUGUACAAAUGUAGGCAUUGUCCUUACAUUAACACACGCAUUCAUGGCGUUCUUACCCAUUACCAGAAGAGACAUCCUUCUGUGAAGGUUACGGCAGAAGAUUUUGUGCAUGAUGUGGAGCAACCCGCUGAUAUGAGCCAGAAUGACGUGGAGGAAACGAGCAGGAUUUUCAAGCAAGGGUAUGGUGCUUACAGGUGUAAAUUGUGCCCCUACACGCAUGGCACUUUGGAGAAGCUCAAAAUUCAUUAUGAGAAAUACCAUAACCAGCCUGAAUUUGAUGUAUUUGCACAGUCUCCUCCAAAAUUCCCUGCCUCCAUGGAGCCCGAAGUUCUUGCUGAAAUUAAGCCCUCCCCUGAGAUGGUCCCAGAAGAUCUCCUGGGGGACGAUUCACUACCAUCAUCCCACUUCUCUAGUUCCCAUUUGGUUUCUCAUACUGUGUUCCGCUGCCAACUUUGUAAGUAUUUUUGUUCUACCCGAAAAGGGAUAGCUAGGCACUACCGAAUAAAACACAACAAUGUUCGGGCACAGCCAGAAGGCAAGAACAACCUGUUUAAAUGUGCCCUGUGUUCCUACACAAACCCUAUUCGUAAAGGUCUGGCUGCGCAUUACCAGAAGCGGCACGACAUUGAUGCUUACUACACACAUUGCUUAGCAGCCUCAAGGACUAUAAGCGACAAACCCAACAAAGUGAUCAUCCCCUCACCCCCCAAGGAGGACUCUCCUCAGCUAAGUGAGGAACUGAGAAGGGCAGUGGAGAAGAAGAAAUGCUCCCUCUGCUCCUUCCAGUCCUUCAGCAAAAAAGGCAUAGUUUCCCACUACAUGAAACGCCAUCCUGGAGUAUUCCCCAAGAAACAGCACGCCAGCAAGCUUGGGGGUUACUUCACUGCGGUGUACGCGGACGAGUAUGAAAAGCAGCAGCCUCCCCCGGAAGAGAGGAAUGAUUUUGAGAAGCCCGAAGUGGAGGUGGAGGCUCCAGAGAUGGAGUGGCUUCCCUUCCGGUGCGUCAAAUGCUUUAAGCUGUCCUUCAGCACGGCCGAGCUGCUCUGCAUGCAUUACACUGACCACCACAGCAAGGACCUGAAGAGGGAUUUUACCAUCCUGGGAAGUGGGGCCCGUUUCCAAUGCAGGCACUGUGACAGUAAGCUGCAAACCCUGGCGGAGCUGACCACCCACUUGAACGGCCACAAUGAGGAAUUCCAGAAACGUGCCAAACGCCAAGAGAGGAGGAAGCAGCUUCUGAGCAAGCAGAAAUAUGCGGAUGGUGCUUUCGUAGAUUUCAAAGCAGAGAGGCCUUUUGGCAGCUUGGAAGAAGUUUCGAAAUUGAAAGAGAGGAAAGUUGUAGGAUACAAAUGUAAGUUCUGUGUCGAAGUUCAUCCAACUCUCCGAGCCAUCUGCAAUCAUCUUCGUAAGCAUGUGCAGUAUGGGAAUGGUUCUUCAGUCUCUACUGGAGUCAAACAGGAAGCUGAAGAUCCUUCACAUGCAGCUUUCUUGGAGGGUAUUGAGGGAGCCAAAGACCAUAUGGCCACUAUGGAACUUGCAGAAGCUGAAUCUGGACCAUCACUGGAAGAUGAAACCAGACCUGGUGGCUACCAUUGCAGCCAGUGUGAUCGGGUUUUGAUGUCUAUGCAGGGUCUACGAUCGCACGAGAGGAGUCACUUGGCCCUGGCCAUGUUUACUCGUGAAGACAAGUACAGCUGCCAGUACUGUUCCUUUGUUUCUGCAUUCAGGCACAACCCUUCAGGAGACUCAAAUCUACUCUUCUGGCAGAGUUUGGAUCGCCAUAUGCAAGCACACCAUGGACAUCACAAACCAUUCCGCUGCAAACUCUGCCCUUUCAAGUCCUCCUAUAAUAGCCGGCUGAAAACGCACCUCCUCAAAGUCCAUGCUGGUGAACAUGCGUACAAAUGUUCCUCCUGUUCAUUUUCCACCAUGACAAUCAGCCAGCUAAAAGAGCACUCCCUGAAAGUGCAUGGGAAGGCAUUGACACUACCAAGACCACGAAUUAUCGGCCUUGUAACCUCGCAUGCCUCCAAGAACCACACUACUGCUGAAGAAGCGGAAGACUCGAAUGAUGCUUACUCAUCAGUCUUGGGGAGCUGGGGGGAAUGUUGGAACCCCAUCUUGAUGCAUGUGCAGAGGGCCAGGCUUCCUUCCAAAAGUCUUUGCUGUAGAAGAAGAAUCACAGUUAGAGAUUCUUCUUAUUCAGAACCUCCAGAUGUCCAGCAACAACUGAACCACUAUCAGUCCGCAGCCUUGGCAAGGAAUAAUAACAACAUUAGCCCUGUCCCACUUUCUGGAGGAGACCAGAAAGCUGAAGCCAUCCUUAACUGUGAAUUUUGUGAAUUCACUUCGGGUUACAUACAGAGCAUUCGGCGUCAUUAUCGUGACAAGCACGGCGGGAAGAAGUUGUUCAAGUGCAAAGACUGUUCAUUUUACACAGGCUUUAAAUCUGCUUUUACUAUGCAUGUGGAAGCUGGGCAUUCAGCAGUUCCCGAGGAAGGACCCAAAGAUCUCCGUUGUCCUCUCUGUCUCUACCACACCAAAUAUAAACGGAACAUGAUCGACCAUAUUGUCCUUCAUAGAGAAGAGCGAGUGGUUCCCAUAGAAGUUUGCCGUUCCAAGCUGUCCAAAUAUUUACAGGGAGUCGUUUUCCGCUGUGACAAGUGCACCUUCACCUGUUCCAGCGAUGAGAGUCUACAGCAACACAUAGAGAAGCACAAUGAGCUGAGACCUUACAAAUGCCAACUCUGCUACUACGAGACCAAGCACACGGAUGAGCUCGAUGCUCACCUUCGCGAUGAACAUAAGGUGAGUCGCAAUUUUGAGCUGGUUGGACGGGUUAACUUAGAUCAGUUGGAGCAAAUGAAAGGAAAAGAGGAGAGCUCCAGCAGUGAUGAGGAAGAAAAGGAUGAGGAGAUGAACCCCGAGACAGAAGAGAGAGGGGACAUGAGGUUUUCAGAAAACGGUCCUCCUGAAAAACGCUUCCCCUGUGAAUUUUGCGGGCGAACGUUUGCUGAAGGUUCUGAUUGGGAGCGGCAUGUACUGAGACAUGGCAUGGCAAUGAAUGAAACCAACCGGGUCAUCAGUGAGGAAAGCCAGGCCAAAGAGAACGCGGAAGAGACGGUUAAGGUACCCUUGGCAGAAGAAAUGGAAAGCAGCCUGAAGAGACUGGGGGACUUUCCCCACCAGAACGAAGCUGCCAUCUGUGUCGCUGCUGCUGCUGCUGCUGCUGCUACUGCUGCUGCUUCUGAUAAUAAAUCACUCCCAGAGAUGGCAGAGGUCAAAAGUGAAUGAGCACCUGGUGUGAUUUCCGACAACCUACUUGAACAGUGAUGAAUGGGGAGGGGGCGGGCAGGGGGACAAGGAAGAAUCAAAGCUGCUUUUAGGACUGAAUGAUCUAUUUUCAAAGCACUGGUACCUGUGUGUGGGUGUGUGUGCGGGUGUGUGCGGGCGUGCGUGGGCGUGUGUCUGUAUAUAGAUUAAAUUUAUUUAAUUGAGGACGGUGGGAUCCAUGGCUCCAUGACACCCGCACGACUCUUCUGGAUCUCGACAACGGGGAAGUUACACGGUCAUAACGUUGGACUCGCGAGAAUCGAAUUCCCAGAUGUGUCUUGCAUUAUUUUGCCUUUGUGCUCCGCCGCUGGAGACUUCGGGGUCCUUUUGGCGAGAGAGGCGUCUCAAGGAUGGAAGAAUGCAGGGGACAAACGUUCCGUGCCCAUCUUUGGGGCACUCUUUUUUUUUUUCUUUUCUAGUUUUAAUAUACAUACUACGCUUUUCCAGAGUGACAAAAAAAACAAAAAACCAAGAAAAAAGAAAAGAAAGUUAAAGACUGCUUUGGCUUAAAACAGUCACCUGUUUCCUAGUACCUCAGAAUUAACCAAGGGAAAUUAAAAAUGAAAAAAAAAAACACAAAACAAAUCUCUGCAUUUGUGAGUACUACCUGUUGUCAUUGUGGUUAAAUAUAUAUAGAAAGACAGACUGCUGGGCAAGAUGGUGAAUGGAAGAAAAACCACAAAGUUUUAAAGAGAAAAACACACACAAAAAAACAAAAACAAAAUUGUGCUCAAAAAUCCCUGUGGGGGGUUUAUUUCUUAAAAUACUGUGAUUUUUUUAAUUAUUUUAGUAAAAAAACAAAACAAAAAAGAGAGAAUUCCUAGAUACCUGUCUGUGACUUGUCAUCUUUUAUUCCAGGUAAGCUGUUUGUUAGCGUUCAGCUAUGAUUUUAGGGCGUUGGGUUGCUUGGUUGGUUGGCUUUUUUUUUCUUUUUUAAGACUCAUGUGAUUGACUCUGUGCCGUUCUUGUUUGCCCCAUGUCUACGUUGGCUCAGCCUGUGGGAUUACAAUACAGCACAAUUAUUUUUUUUUCCAUGUAAAGUAAUGUCCCCGCCACCACCCCGCAUUUCUCCGUUGCUCUCUCAUCCAAUGAGAUAGGGCUGGGAAGGAGAAGUAGUUCUUGUGAAUAGAUGAUGAUGAUGAUUGAUGAUGAUUUAGUUUUAAACAUGUGGAGAUAUCAAAGAAGGUAACUUUUUUAAAGAAACUCAAAAACAAAAAAACCCUUUUAACUAAAGAACCAAACUUACAGCACAGCUAUGCAGAUUGUGGACCCAUCCAAGAGUCCUCAGAAUCAUUCUGUUGCUCGUCCAAUUGAACAUUUUUUCACUGGUUAUUAUUUUGGUUACUUAAGAAUGGUUGCCUUUUUUUAAAAAAUGUGGUGUCUCGUUUUGGUACAAGGAGGGUCGGAGGGGGAGGGAAUCGAUAACCACAUAGUUCUAAAGUUCAGGUAACCCAGUUUUGCAAUAUUAGGAGCCUAGAGAUCUACAUUUUAUGGACUUCAAGGAGGGAGAAAAUUCAUUGCGCCACCUCGCAUUCUUCACAUGAGGGGGAACAGCAGAGCCUAAACAGGAAUAGAAGUUGUGUUUUUGAGUUCC